ACUAUUGGAAGUAGAAUGUCUUCAGCAACAUUCACAGCUCCAGUUACCGGAUCCAUUUACAUGGGUUUGAAUCCCAAUGGAUCUAAGCUUUUUCGGACCACAGAUUCGGCACCUUGGAGCCGAAAAACAGUUUCGAAUGGCUCUAGGAUUCACUGCAUGAAGGUUUGGAAUCCGAUAAAUAACAAGAAGUUUGAGACUCUUUCGUAUCUUCCGCCUCUUACAGAUGAAUCCAUCGCAAAGGAGAUUGAUUACAUGAUCAAGAAAGGAUGGGUGCCGUGUCUUGAGUUUGAUUUGGUGGGACAUGUAUUCAGAGAAAACAGCCAAAUUCCAAAUUACUAUGAUGGAAGGUAUUGGACACUAUGGAAACUGCCCAUGUUUGGCUGCAAUGAUUCCUCACAGGUAUUGAAUGAAAUUCAGGAAUGCAAAAAGACAUACCCAAAUGCAUAUAUCAGGUGUUUGGCAUUUGACAAUGUGAGGCAGGCUCAGUGCAUGUCUUUUGUUAUUCAGAAACCAACUGACCCAUGAAACAUUUUUUGCUCUUGAUUUCUGUUGUUUCGUUUUAAAAUUCCAUGGUCAAAGAUUCUAAAGUUUGGUCAAUGUUUUUUCUAUGAUGUUUUCAAUAAUAUAUUUGAAUUGUUUGGAAGGCAUUAUGGGUUUACUUACCCUAAGGUGACCUUGUUUAAAUGAAACUUAUGCAUAGCUUUUGUCUCA